GGCCCUGCUGCGCGGCGCCUACGUGCUGGCCAUUGACGAGGGCACCGCCAACCUCGACGCCUCGACGGACGCCACCAUUCAGCGCACCCUUCACCGCCUCCGCCGGCCCGCUGCGCACCCCGCGCACCCCGCCGCCGCGAGCCUCGCCGGCGGCGGCCCCGACGCCCCGCAGCAUGGUGACGCGCCCGGGCAUGCAGCGCGCAGCGCCCUGGCCGGCUCCAGCACGUCGUCCCGCCUGGGGUCGCGGUCCGGCGGCAGCGGCGCGCUCGCGGCGCUGGCGCCAGCGGGGUGCAGUCUGAUCGUCGUCGCGCACCGCCUGGACACCGUGGCGCACGCCGACAACCUGUUAGUGAUGAGCCAGGGCCGCGUGCUGGAGCAGGGGCCGCCCUCCGAGCUCGCGAAAGCGGGCGGGGUGUACGCGGCCAUGAGAAAGGUCAUGGAGGAGUCAGAGGCGGCCGCGGCGGCCGCCUGCAACUGA